GUGUGCGAGAGAUUUGGGAUGACUUGUUCUCUGUGUGCGGCGGGCAUGCACGAGCACAGUUGACUCGAUCCCGUUCACGAAAAGGUAAACUAUAAAAAAUCAGACGGCGAAUUGAUACUAAAAUGGCGGUGGAUAAUGCGUCGUAUCUGAUGCAGUUUGUGGACGAAACCUCGUUUUACAAUCGCAUUGUUCUGAGUCACCUCUUGCCGGCGAGCCUGUGGGAGCCUUUGCCGCAUUUCCUCCAGACAUGGCUCAGGAACUACCUCGCCGGAAACUUGCUUUACUUCAUCUCAGGCUUUCUCUGGUGCUUCUACAUUUAUCACCUCAAACUCAACGUUUAUCUCCCUCAAGAUGCGAUUCCGACAAGAAAGGCUAUGCUUUUGCAAAUCCACGUGGCAAUGAAGGCGAUGCCUUGUUACACUCUGCUUCCAACCGUCUCUGAGUAUAUGAUCGAAAGUGGUUGGACCAGAUGUUACUCUAGAAUAGGCGAACUCAGCUGGAUCCUCUACUUUGUUUCUAUCGCGACAUAUCUUGUUUUAGUUGAGUUUGGUAUUUAUUGGAUGCACAGAGAGCUUCAUGACAUUAAGCCUCUUUAUAAGCAUCUCCACGCCACCCAUCAUAUCUACAACAAGCAGAACACUCUUUCUCCCUUUGCCGGGCUUGCGUUUCACCCAGUAGAUGGGAUACUUCAGGCUUUACCGCAUGUGAUAGCUCUGUUUAUAGUGCCGAUUCAUUUCACAACCCAUCUAGGUCUUCUGUUCAUGGAAGCGAUAUGGACAGCGAACAUUCAUGACUGUAUUCACGGUAACAUUUGGCCUGUAAUGGGUGCAGGGUACCAUACCAUACACCACACUACUUACAAGCAUAACUAUGGUCACUAUACCAUAUGGAUGGAUUGGAUGUUUGGCUCUCUUAAGGACCCUCUUUUAGAAGAUGUUGACAACAGAGACAUCUCCAAGAAAGCUGAGUGAGAAUGCCCUUUUGUUUUGUCUUUCUUUUACAACCCUUUUUUUACUUUCUUCUUCAUGUGUCUCAGUCUUUCCAAUUAUUUUGUGUCGAACCAUUUACUGCACAUUUGCUGUCUAAACGUUCUUCUUUCUU